GAAGAAACCAGUAAUCCAGUCCCAUCAUCAUCAUCGUCUUCAGCAACAGCAGCAGCAGCAGCAAUGACCACCAUCAAAUCCACCACCACACCUGGCACCAAGUCCUUUGGUUCUGUUAUGAAUAGUUUUCACUACCAGCAUUUUGUCGCUGGUAUUUCGGGAGGUGUCGUUUCUACCCUCAUGCUACAUCCACUUGAUCUUAUUAAAAUAAGAUUCGCUGUUAACGAUGGACUGACCAAAACAGCACCGCAGUAUACUGGAUUGAGAAAUGCAUUGACUGAAAUUGUUAAAUCUGAUGGAGUGCGUGGACUGUACAGAGGAGUUACUCCAAAUGUUUUAGGCUCUGGUAGCUCCUGGGGUCUAUAUUUUUUUUUUUAUAACAAUAUAAAGACAUGGCUCCAAAAGGGGAAUUCAAAAAAACCAUUAGGACCAUCGCUGCAAAUGUUGGCAGCAGCAGAAGCUGGUAUAUUGACUUUAUUAAUAACGAAUCCCAUAUGGGUGGUGAAAACACGACUGUGUCUACAGUACAGCACUGAUGUUCAACUCGCCGAGUCGAAGCGUUACUCAGGAAUGAUGGAUGCUCUUAGAAAAAUUUACAGGACUGAAGGAAUCAGAGGCUUAUACAAAGGCUUCGUUCCCGGUGUAUUUGGAGUAUCUCACGGCGCUAUUCAAUUUAUGACAUACGAAGAAAUGAAAAAUAAAUAUAAUAUCUAUCGUAACAUGCCAAUUGACAGUAAAUUAGGUAAUAUGGAGUAUAUAGUAUUCGCAGCGAUAUCAAAAUUUAUAGCUGCAGCGACAACGUACCCUUAUCAAGUUGUCCGAGCUCGUCUGCAAGAUCAUCAUCAUGAUUAUCGCGGCACAUGGGACUGUGUCCAACAAACUUGGAGGUCAGAAAGAAUUCGUGGUUUUUACAAAGGCUUGUCGCCUUACCUUGUUCACGUCACGCCAAACAUAUGUUUAGUUCUUAUUAUAUACGAAAAUUUUGCCGGUAGUUGA